AGAAGGAAAUUUCAAAUAGAAGUGCAAUUAUUGUGGUGUAACAAAAAAUGGUUCAUAUACAAAGGUGAAAGCUCAUUUGUUGAAAGUUACCGGAGAAGGGGUAGCGGCUUGUGAGGUUGUAACAAGUCCAGAAGUUGCAAAAUUUCAUAAAUUGAUUGAAGAAGAGAAAGCAAAAGCGGAAAAAUCCCAACCGAAUAAAGUUCCAUUGCCUCCUUCUAGUGCCUCUCUUACGAGCACAAGUUUCAAUGAAACACAAGGAGGCUUGGGAUCGAAAAAGAGGAGGGCAAAUACUAGUGAAAGUGAUAAUCCUGUCAUUAAAGCAUUCAAUGUUGGGGCUCGGGACCACUUACAUAGCGAAAUUGCUCGAAUGUUUUACUCCAGGGGAUUGCCUUUCAACUUGGCAAGAAAUCCACACUAUGUUAGUUCCUACAUGUAUGCUGCGAAUCAUAGCAUACCCGGAUAUAUACCACCGGGGUACAACUUGUUGAGAACUAGAUUGCUUCAAAGGGAAAGGGCGAAUAUUGAACGGUUGUUAGAUCCUAUUAAAGGGACAUGGAAGGAGAAGGGCUUGACGAUUGCAAGUGAUGGUUGGAGUGAUUCUCAAAGAAGAUCUUUAAUUAACUUUAUGGCAGUCACCGGAGAUGCACCUAUGUUUCUUAAAGCUGUUAAUUGUGAGGGGGAAAUAAAGGAUAAACAUUUCAUUGCUUCAUUGAUGAAGGAGGUAGUUAUUGAGGUUGGGCCUAAGAAUGUGGUUCAAAUUGUUACAGACAAUACUGCAAAUUGUAAGGCGGCGGGACAAAUAAUUGAAGCCCAAUACCCUCACAUCUUUUGGACUCCUUAUGUAGUGCACACUCUAAAUCUUGCCUUGAAGAACAUUUGUGCCGCGAAAAACAUUGAGAAUAACUCACUUGUGUAUGAUGAGUGUAGUUGGAUUACUAUUGUCGUUGGUGAUGCAAGUUGCAUCAAGAAUUUCAUAAUGAAUCACUCGAUGAGAUUGGCUAUUUUUAAUGAGUUUGUUUCUUUGAAGUUGCUUUCGGUUGCCAAGACUCGCUUUGCUUCAUCCAUUGUAAUGCUUAGGAGGUUUAAGCUCAUCAAGCAAGGUCUUCAAUCGAUGGUAAUUAGUACUCAAUGGAAUUCUCAUAGGGAGGAGCAAGGGGCUUCAUUUGUGAGGGAGACUUUGUUGAAUGGGAAGUGGUGGGAUAAAGUGGACUACAUUCUAUCAUUUACGGCACCUAUUUAUGACAUGCUUAGAGAAUGUGACACGGAUAAGCCUACUCUUCACUUGAUUUACGACAUGUGGGAUAAUAUGAUUGAGAAAGUGAAGUGUGUCAUUUACAAGCAUGAAGAGAAGCAUUUGGAAGAUGAGAGCGAAUUUUAUGAUGUUGUUCAUAAAAUUAGGUGGAACAAGAACAAUACACCACUUCAUUGCUUGGCACAUGCUCUAAAUCCAAGGUAUUAUAGUGACAUAUGGCUUGAAGAGGAUCCAAAGCAAGUUCCUCCACACAAGGAUGAAGAGGUCACGAAUGAGAGAAAGAAAUGCUUGAAAUGGUACUUAAAUGAUUCCACGGAGCGUACCAAAGCCAAUAUGGAGUAUGCCAAGUUCUCAACUAAGGAGGGGUCAUUUUCCGAUGUUGAUUCUAUUGAAGAUAGAUAUAAUAUGGAUCCUCAUAGUUGGUGGGUAAUUCAUGGUGCAUCCGCCCCGAUUCUUCAAACUUUGGCCUUGAAGAUUCUCACUCAACCUUCUUCUUCUUCAUGUUGUGAGAGAAAUUGGAGUACAUACUCCUUCAUCCAUUCAUUGAGAAGGAACAAAAUGACCCCUCAACGGGCGGAGGACUUGGUGUAUAUUCAUAGUAACCUCCGUCUUUUAUCAAGGAGAAGUCCACAAUAUUGUAAUGGGGUAACUUAGAUGUGGGAUAUUGCGGGAGAUUAAUUUGGCUCACUUGAUGAUGUUGGGAUGCUUGAGGUUGCAAACCUCUCACUUGAUUAACCCGAAAUGGAGGUUGUAGUCUUCACGGACGAUGGAGAUGGUGACCAAGCCAAUAGCGAUGAAGAAGUGAUAGAAGUUGGGUCUAAUUGAUAUUUGGACACGUGGCUGUUUAGUUUGUAGAACUAUGGAUGUUUUCUCUUUUGAUUGGGUUGUAUUAAAUCUAUGACUAUGGAUGUUUUGUUUUGCUUU